CCUGUCUAAUAUGCAGGUGCUGAGAGAGAGAUAUUACACAAGCUUAUGUUCACAUGUAUGUGUUGCAUAAUGCAUAUGCACAUACAGUGAGAGUCGAAAGGCCAAAUCCACAAGUAAUUAUUAAGUAAAUAAGUAAGUAUUAGUUAUUACUUUUAAUAAGUAUUUUAUGCGCGCACACAUACACAUAUAUAAAUUGUAUAUACAUAUGUAUUAGGCUAUAUAUACACAUAAUCUAUGUCAUACAACAUAAGUUUUAAUGUAUGUGUGUAUAUAUAAAUAAAUAUAUGCAUUAGCUUCAUAAGUUUCAUAAGCUAUUUAAAUUUUAAUAAAGAGUAAUGAAAAAUUUAGCUAAUGCACUAGGGCAAUCGGGACAAAAUGAAUCCACCUUCAUCGAAAAUGACUUGGGAUUUAUUUCUAGCCAAGAGUACUGUUCUUUUCAUUUCAGAGUACAUCCUUUAGCACCAUAUUGCCAUUAUGUCAAAUAAAUUAUAUUUGCAUAAGAAAACAUGCAAAUGUGCUGCGAAACUCCAGAAGAUUAAAUCUCCAAAAAACAAAUGACAUCGAUUUUCGGUCAUUCAAAUCUGAGUUUACGACUUUCUGUACUAUCAAAAUCUUUGUGCUAAACUAUUUAUGUGGGUUAGAAUAAAGUAAUAAUUUAUCCAAAAAUAAAACUGCUGUCAUUAUUUUCUCACUCUCAUGUUUGUGGUGCUUCAAGAUUGAAACAUGGGAAAGCACUGUGGAACAGUGGGUUUCUAAAAUUCCCUCAUAUAAAAGGCGGUCAGUGACCCCUCCACGGGAGACCGUGACUAAAUCUGAGCACUUUUGUUCAUCGUGGGGAAACCACAGAGCCAACCGUUACAAACCCUGUGAGAUUUUCGUCUUUGCUGUAAUAACCUCUUUUUCUCUUUGCACUACAGGUGUUUGACAUUUCAGCAGAAACAACUUCAGGCUGAGACACGUUCAAUGAACUCCACCAGGCAUCUGACAAGAAAACCGUAUUUUUCUCUAUUAGGAUGGCUGGAAACAUCUUGAGAAGGCUGUGAGAACAACUUUUGUGAGCUCAGAGACAUAAAAUUGUAUGUGUUGCACCUGGUGAUGAAAGAGAAUUGGAAAAAUUGUUACAUUUUUAGGCAUGGAAUGACAACUUAGAAUUAUACUAAACAUUCCAAUUUUUUCUCUUGUCCCUUUUCAGAUCAAGCCUUUUUUUCCAUUUGGUGGAUGAUAAAACAAGUGAAAAUCUCCAUAUACUCCAUAUACAAACCACUCAGGAAUAUCCUGACAGCCACCCAGUACACCCUAGCAUCCACAUAGCAACACCCUGGCAUCAACCCAGAACACCCUAUUAACCACUUAGCAACACCCAGACAGCCACCCAGAACACCUUAGUAAUACCCUGGCAUCACCCUAGAACACCCUAGCAACCACUUAACAACACCCUGGCAGCCACCCACCCUAGCCACCACUUAGCAACACCCUGGCAGCCACCCAGAACACCUUAGUAAUACCCUGGCAUCAAACCAGAACACCCUAGCAACCACUUAGCAACACCCUGACUGCCAAUCACCCUAGCCACCACUUAGCAACACCCAGGCAGCCACCUAGAACACCUUAGUAAUACACUGGCAUCAACCCAGAACACCCUAGCAACCACUUAGCAACACCCUGCAGCCACCCAGAACACCUCAGCAAUAGCCUGGCAUCAACCCAGAACACUCUAGCAACCACUUAGCAACACCCUUGUAGCCAGGCACCCUAGCCACCACUUAGCAACACCCUGGCAGCCACUCAGAACGCCUUAGUAAUACCAUGGAAUCAACCCAGAACACCAUAGCAACCACUUAGCAACACCCUGGCACCCAGGCACCCUAGCCACUACUUAGCAACACCCUGGCAGCCACCCAGAACACCCUAGCAACCUAUUAGCAACACCCAGGCAGCCACCCAGAACACCUUAUCAAUACCCUGGCAUCAAUCUAGAACACCCUAGCAACCACUUAGCAACACCCUGGCAGCCAGGCACCCUAGCCACCACUCAACAACAUCCUAGCAGCCACCCAGAGCACCUUAGUAAUACCCUGGCAACCACGUACUGUAGCAGUACCCUAGCAGCCACCCAGAGUACCUAAGCAACAACUUGGCAACCACCCAGAACAACCUAACAACCUAGCAAACACUGAGCAACACCCUGAUAGCCACCCAGAACACAUAUGUAAUACCCUGGCAACCACCCAGACCAACUUAGCAACACCGUGAAAGAAAUCCAGAACACCCUAAUGACCAACCUGAGCACUUUAGUAACAUCCUGGGAGCCAUAUAGAACACCCUAGCAACUUCUGAACAGCCCCUGGCAAUCCCCUAGAAAACCAAACACUCAUCAGUACCAUGGCAUCCACCCAGAUCAACCUAGUGACCAAUUAGCAACACCUUGGCAGCCACCCAGAACACCCUAGUCACCACUUACCAACACCCAGGCAGCCACCCAGAACAACUUAUCAAUACCCUGGCAUCAACCCAGAACACCCUAGCAAACACUUAGCAACACCCAGGCAGCCAAGUACCCUAGUCACCAUUUAGCAACACUCUGGCAGCCACCCAAAACACCUUAGUAAUACCCUAGCAACUGUGUACUGUAACAACACCCAGGCAGCCAGCCAGGGUACCUAAGCAACACCUUGGCAACCACAUAGAAACACCUGGGCAGCCACCCAGAACAACCUAGCAACCACUGAGCAACACCCUGAUAGCCACCCAGAACACAGUUCAAUACCCUGGCAACCAUCUAGAGCAACUUAGCAACACCGUGAAAGCCAUCCAGAACACCCUAAUGACCACUCUGAACCUUAGUAACAUCCUGGGAGCCAUCUAGAACACCCUAGCAACUACUGAAAUACCAUGACAUCCACCCAGAUCACCCUAGUGACCACUUAGCAACAUGUAAGCAGCCACCCAGAACACCCUGGCAAAUACUCAGUGAAACCCACAACAUCUUAACUAGCACCACCUUAGUAACAACCUGGCAACCAUCCAGCAGAACCUACAACCACUGAGCAACACUAAUUUUAAGCAUUUUUAAAUAAGCUAAACAUAUGUAUUCAAAGUUUAUGUCAUGUUCACCUGCGAUGGCUUUGAAGUGAAUGUGUUAUCAGUAGUUCCUCAACUCCCCAACAGUACUGUGAACCAGAGCAAAAAUGAAAAUGGAGAAAGGAAAUGCACACAAAAGCACCAUUAUCAGCUGGUUCCAUCUGAACAAUCACAUCUGUGUGCGGAUAAGGACAGAUGGAUAUGGCUGCCUUGAAGGCGUGGGGUUUCAGGCAGAUUGUUGCAAUUCUUCACCAGAUUUGAAAGCCUGUGCAGCACUGAUGCUCGUUAAGCCCAUUGCCCUUUUGAAACCAAUUUCGGUGUCUCUGCACUCAUGCCCGUGCGAAUAUGUGGUCAGCUUGCUUUUUCAGGCUGUCGCGCCUCAUGCGGCGCUUGACUCAGUCUGGAUUACGACAGCACUUUCCCUGCUCUAGGUCACCAGGAUCAGCUCUCGCUCAACACCACAGCCAUACAUAUAAUCCCAUCAGCCCCAGCAUGGAAGAAGAGGAUUUCAGGGUGACUAUGAGGACUUUGAGAGAAGAUUAGGCCACUGGAUAUCUCAUUCCGCCUCACAAAUGGAGAGUAAGAUCAUCAAAUCGGGGAUCAUUUGCUUGCUUUACAUUUCCACAUGUGUAGAUUUAGAUUUUAUCUGUUGUUUUUACCCAGAGAAUUCAGAAAUGUCAGAAUAAUGCAGAAUAAUUUGCAAAAAUGUGUUGUAUGCAUAUGCAAAUUAAACAAACAGCAGGGAAUUCUGUAUUUCACAGUGCAAUACGCUCAACUUGACCUUGCUUUCCAAUUCCAAAAGCAUUUAUGAUAUCUAUUUUGACUCAAUAUUUGAUUGUUGAAAUGAAACAAUGCUAAUUAAUCUAGAUGAUAUAAUAUAAAAUGAUAGUUCUGGUUUUUUUUUUUUUUGUUUUUUUUUUUUACAAAAUUGUAGGCAGUGUAUAGUGUGUAGUAUUCAGUUAGUGAGCUGGUGUUCCAUUCCACAGUCAUGCACGUUUGAGGCUGCAGUCUGUAGCGCCAUCUAGUGCCUGCUGACAAAACAAUCACAUUUUCUACUAAACAUUUGAAAACAAAAUGUGUUUGUCAAUAAAAGGAAAGACGGCCAUGUGUCCAUGAGAGCACAUGUGGGUUUGUGUGUGUGUGAAGUGGCUUUGACAUCAGCAAAGAUCACAACACACCUGCACACUGACCCCAAUCCUCAUAAGGAUCUUACUGUCAAUCACUGAGACAGUUGUCAGUCUAACGCAACCUCUCUCUUUCUCUCUCUCUCUCUCUCUCUCUCUGCAAAGUCACAGUCUCGUGCGGGUCAGGACAGAGGAAAAACAAACACGCACGGCCUGAUGAUUCGGCAAAAACACACACAGGAAAUUAUGGCAUCAGUUAUUCAGGAAAGUUUGACCUACCGGGGGAAAAAUGCAAUGAUCCAUCUAAAUGGCUGUGGCAUUCAGCUGGUGUCUAAAAAGGGCCGUCUCUCACGCACACCUGCCCUCCAUCUGUUACCGACACAUGCUGAGGAACCUGUUUGCUUGACGCUCUCCUCAUCCUCCUCCUCCUUCUCCUCUUCCUCCUCCAUACAGGAUCAGGGUAGAGCUCCUGCUCAGCCCUCAGAGCGAGAGAAAGAGGCUGAGAAUCUGCCCCCGAGACGCCCUCUGAAACUCGCUCCGUUAGAGCUCCCCCUAGAGGUGAGAGAGGCACAGCGGCAGAAGAUCAAAAGCGCUCAGGAGGCCAAAGCGGCGGCCUGUAAUUCUGCUGAGACGUAUCCAAGAAAAGCAAAGGUUUGUUGGCAGGACGGCCCAGCCAAGUCACCAGAACGCCUCCCGCUGAGUACCAUCACAGAGCACCACAAAACACUGCUACCUGUCAAUCAAGUCAAGAUUGGUUCUGAUAGGCCAGUGGGGAAGGAGGUGGGGCAAGGGGAAGGUAAUCCAUCAGUUCACUCGGCACAUGCUCUCGAGAACAUUUGCCAAUCAGAGCAUGGCAACAGCCAAUCCGCCGCUCCCGCUAAGAACCAGGAUGCAGUCAAAAAGCGUCUAAGACUGCGAAGGACCCAGCGGCUAGAGGAGGAUCAAAGCAAAUCCAGCUCAUUAACAGGUGGAUUAUCUGCUGAUGAGAGCAAACAGGCCUCAGCCGGCCCUGGUCAGCGCGCCGCAGAGAAGGCCAUCAGAGAUGCCAGCCGUGUGCUGGAAAAGGCAUCAUGGAGGAACCCACGGGAACCUGGGAUUUUUGAGAUGGAGGCAGUGGGUAAAGUUGGGAGAAGGAUGGCUGUUAAUGACAUUCAGGAAGCCUGUGUUCUGACUCUUUGACCUGAAGAGGAAGUGCAACACACGGUGUUGGGGUUAGAGACUUGAACAUGGCAAUAUAGCCAUGUCUGCAGAGGAUUUUCCCUCUUGGGUUUAGAUGGAAAAACAGUAAUGUAGAAAACAGCACAACAUUCCUGAUCCAGAUAUUGGUAUAUAAGUAUAAAUAAGGGAUUAUGUACAGUGAGAAAUUUUUAACAUAAAAUUUCAGAAAAGUUGUAAUAUAAAAUUUAAUGUCUUAAUGUACUGUGAUUAAUUAACUGGAGAAGUAUGGUAAUGUUUAUUAAUUAAAAAAAAAAUACCCUAUGCACCUGUGGUGUCUUGCUUUAAAAUAUUGAUUUAUGCACUUUUUUAUUAUUAUACCAAAUUACCUGUAGAACACUAUGACUGACCAAUCAGAAUCCAGUAAUAAAAUCCAUUUAUAUUCUUGAUAUAAGAUGAUUAUCGUUGCUAAAACUAGAUAAAAAUAGAAUGUCCACAUUGACAG